AUGCUUGGUUCAGAAAUGUGUGGCAUGACACCCCUGAACACCAGGAUAGUUGGAGGUGAAGACGCACCACCUGGAAGUUGGCCCUGGCAGGUUAGUCUGCAGAUCUUUGGCGGCCAUGUUUGUGGUGGUUCCCUCAUCAACAAAGAGUGGGUAAUGACUGCUGCUCACUGCUUCUUCAGUGCAAGUCCCACCGAUUGGCAGGUCUCUCUUGGCCGUCAGAACCUUCAAGGCGAGAACCCCAAUGAAGUGACCAAGAGUGUUGACACAAUCAUAUUGCAUCCAAACUAUGACAGUGUCACCAGUGACAAUGACAUUGCUCUGCUCAGACUUUCCACACCAGUCCAAUUCACAGACUACAUCAGACCUGUGUGUCUGGCAGCGGGUGACAGUACAUUCAACAACGGUACUGAUAGCUGGGUCACUGGCUGGGGCGCAGUCCAGGAGGGAGUGUCAUUACCGUUCCCUGAAACUCUGCAAGAAGUGCAGGUGCCAGUUCUGGGAAAUCGACAGUGUAACUGCCUCAAUGGAGUGGGUACAGUCACAGACAACAUGAUUUGUGCUGGUGUUCUGGCAGGAGGCAAAGACUCGUGUCAGGGUGACUCAGGAGGUCCAAUGGUGAAUCAGCAGGGCUCCAUCUGGGUCCAAUCUGGAGUUGUGAGUUUUGGUUUUGGCUGUGCUCGGCCCAAUCUGCCGGGAGUAUACUCCAGGGUUUCCCGUUACCAGUCCUGGAUCGAGUCCCUCAUCAGCUCAGAUAAGCCCGGCUUUGUCCAGUUCACCUUCAAUGGGCUUGAUGCUGACAGCAGUUACACCUGUCCUGGCCUGCCACCUCCUGUUAUUACCCCUACUACUGCGGAACCAGAAGGAACCACCCCAGAUUCAGGAUCCACAGCCUCAAGUGCUGAGUUGUGUGGCAUGACACCCCUGAACACCAGGAUAGUUGGAGGUGAAGACGCACCACCUGGAAGUUGGCCCUGGCAGGUUAGUCUGCAGAUCUUUGGCGGCCAUGUUUGUGGUGGUUCCCUCAUCAACAAAGAGUGGGUAAUGACUGCUGCUCACUGCUUCUUCAGUGCAAGUCCCACCGAUUGGCAGGUCUCUCUUGGCCGUCAGAACCUUCAAGGCGAGAACCCCAAUGAAGUGACCAAGAGUGUUGACACAAUCAUAUUGCAUCCAAACUAUGACAGUGUCACCAGUGACAAUGACAUUGCUCUGCUCAGACUUUCCACACCAGUCCAAUUCACAGACUACAUCAGACCUGUGUGUCUGGCAGCGGGUGACAGUACAUUCAACAACGGUACUGAUAGCUGGGUCACUGGCUGGGGCGCAGUCCAGGAGGGAGUGUCAUUACCGUUCCCUGAAACUCUGCAAGAAGUGCAGGUGCCAGUUCUGGGAAAUCGACAGUGUAACUGCCUCAAUGGAGUGGGUACAGUCACAGACAACAUGAUUUGUGCUGGUGUUCUGGCAGGAGGCAAAGACUCGUGUCAGGGUGACUCAGGAGGUCCAAUGGUGAAUCAGCAGGGCUCCAUCUGGGUCCAAUCUGGAGUUGUGAGUUUUGGUUUUGGCUGUGCUCGGCCCAAUCUGCCGGGAGUAUACUCCAGGGUUUCCCGUUACCAGUCCUGGAUCGAGUCCCUCAUCAGCUCAGAUAAGCCCGGCUUUGUCCAGUUCACCUUCAAUGGGCUUGAUGCUGACAGCAGUUACACCUGUCCUGGCCUGCCACCUCCUGUUAUUACCCCUACUACUGCGGAACCAGAAGGAACCACCCCAGAUUCAGGAUCCACAGCCUCAAGUGCUGAGUUGUGUGGCAUGACACCCCUGAACACCAGGAUAGUUGGAGGUGAAGACGCACCACCUGGAAGUUGGCCCUGGCAGGUUAGUCUGCAGAUCUUUGGCGGCCAUGUUUGUGGUGGUUCCCUCAUCAACAAAGAGUGGGUAAUGACUGCUGCUCACUGCUUCUUCAGUGCAAGUCCCACCGAUUGGCAGGUCUCUCUUGGCCGUCAGAACCUUCAAGGCGAGAACCCCAAUGAAGUGACCAAGAGUGUUGACACAAUCAUAUUGCAUCCAAACUAUGACAGUGUCACCAGUGACAAUGACAUUGCUCUGCUCAGACUUUCCACACCAGUCCAAUUCACAGACUACAUCAGACCUGUGUGUCUGGCAGCGGGUGACAGUACAUUCAACAACGGUACUGAUAGCUGGGUCACUGGCUGGGGCGCAGUCCAGGAGGGAGUGUCAUUACCGUUCCCUGAAACUCUGCAAGAAGUGCAGGUGCCAGUUCUGGGAAAUCGACAGUGUAACUGCCUCAAUGGAGUGGGUACAGUCACAGACAACAUGAUUUGUGCUGGUGUUCUGGCAGGAGGCAAAGACUCGUGUCAGGGUGACUCAGGAGGUCCAAUGGUGAAUCAGCAGGGCUCCAUCUGGGUCCAAUCUGGAGUUGUGAGUUUUGGUUUUGGCUGUGCUCGGCCCAAUCUGCCGGGAGUAUACUCCAGGGUUUCCCGUUACCAGUCCUGGAUCGAGUCCCUCAUCAGCUCAGAUAAGCCCGGCUUUGUCCAGUUCACCUUCAAUGGGCUUGAUGCUGACAGCAGUUACACCUGUCCUGGCCUGCCACCUCCUGUUAUUACCCCUACUACUGCGGAACCAGAAGGAACCACCCCAGAUUCAGGAUCCACAGCCUCAAGUGCUGAGUUGUGUGGCAUGACACCCCUGAACACCAGGAUAGUUGGAGGUGAAGACGCACCACCUGGAAGUUGGCCCUGGCAGGUUAGUCUGCAGAUCUUUGGCGGCCAUGUUUGUGGUGGUUCCCUCAUCAACAAAGAGUGGGUAAUGACUGCUGCUCACUGCUUCUUCAGUGCAAGUCCCACCGAUUGGCAGGUCUCUCUUGGCCGUCAGAACCUUCAAGGCGAGAACCCCAAUGAAGUGACCAAGAGUGUUGACACAAUCAUAUUGCAUCCAAACUAUGACAGUGUCACCAGUGACAAUGACAUUGCUCUGCUCAGACUUUCCACACCAGUCCAAUUCACAGACUACAUCAGACCUGUGUGUCUGGCAGCGGGUGACAGUACAUUCAACAACGGUACUGAUAGCUGGGUCACUGGCUGGGGCGCAGUCCAGGAGGGAGUGUCAUUACCGUUCCCUGAAACUCUGCAAGAAGUGCAGGUGCCAGUUCUGGGAAAUCGACAGUGUAACUGCCUCAAUGGAGUGGGUACAGUCACAGACAACAUGAUUUGUGCUGGUGUUCUGGCAGGAGGCAAAGACUCGUGUCAGGGUGACUCAGGAGGUCCAAUGGUGAAUCAGCAGGGCUCCAUCUGGGUCCAAUCUGGAGUUGUGAGUUUUGGUUUUGGCUGUGCUCGGCCCAAUCUGCCGGGAGUAUACUCCAGGGUUUCCCGUUACCAGUCCUGGAUCGAGUCCCUCAUCAGCUCAGAUAAGCCCGGCUUUGUCCAGUUCACCUUCAAUGGGCUUGAUGCUGACAGCAGUUACACCUGUCCUGGCCUGCCACCUCCUGUUAUUACCCCUACUACUGCGGAACCAGAAGGAACCACCCCAGAUUCAGGAUCCACAGCCUCAAGUGCUGAGUUGUGUGGCAUGACACCCCUGAACACCAGGAUAGUUGGAGGUGAAGACGCACCACCUGGAAGUUGGCCCUGGCAGGUUAGUCUGCAGAUCUUUGGCGGCCAUGUUUGUGGUGGUUCCCUCAUCAACAAAGAGUGGGUAAUGACUGCUGCUCACUGCUUCUUCAGUGCAAGUCCCACCGAUUGGCAGGUCUCUCUUGGCCGUCAGAACCUUCAAGGCGAGAACCCCAAUGAAGUGACCAAGAGUGUUGACACAAUCAUAUUGCAUCCAAACUAUGACAGUGUCACCAGUGACAAUGACAUUGCUCUGCUCAGACUUUCCACACCAGUCCAAUUCACAGACUACAUCAGACCUGUGUGUCUGGCAGCGGGUGACAGUACAUUCAACAACGGUACUGAUAGCUGGGUCACUGGCUGGGGCGCAGUCCAGGAGGGAGUGUCAUUACCGUUCCCUGAAACUCUGCAAGAAGUGCAGGUGCCAGUUCUGGGAAAUCGACAGUGUAACUGCCUCAAUGGAGUGGGUACAGUCACAGACAACAUGAUUUGUGCUGGUGUUCUGGCAGGAGGCAAAGACUCGUGUCAGGGUGACUCAGGAGGUCCAAUGGUGAAUCAGCAGGGCUCCAUCUGGGUCCAAUCUGGAGUUGUGAGUUUUGGUUUUGGCUGUGCUCGGCCCAAUCUGCCGGGAGUAUACUCCAGGGUUUCCCGUUACCAGUCCUGGAUCGAGUCCCUCAUCAGCUCAGAUAAGCCCGGCUUUGUCCAGUUCACCUUCAAUGGGCUUGAUGCUGACAGCAGUUACACCUGUCCUGGCCUGCCACCUCCUGUUAUUACCCCUACUACUGCGGAACCAGAAGGAACCACCCCAGAUUCAGGAUCCACAGCCUCAAGUGCUGAGUUGUGUGGCAUGACACCCCUGAACACCAGGAUAGUUGGAGGUGAAGACGCACCACCUGGAAGUUGGCCCUGGCAGGUUAGUCUGCAGAUCUUUGGCGGCCAUGUUUGUGGUGGUUCCCUCAUCAACAAAGAGUGGGUAAUGACUGCUGCUCACUGCUUCUUCAGUGCAAGUCCCACCGAUUGGCAGGUCUCUCUUGGCCGUCAGAACCUUCAAGGCGAGAACCCCAAUGAAGUGACCAAGAGUGUUGACACAAUCAUAUUGCAUCCAAACUAUGACAGUGUCACCAGUGACAAUGACAUUGCUCUGCUCAGACUUUCCACACCAGUCCAAUUCACAGACUACAUCAGACCUGUGUGUCUGGCAGCGGGUGACAGUACAUUCAACAACGGUACUGAUAGCUGGGUCACUGGCUGGGGCGCAGUCCAGGAGGGAGUGUCAUUACCGUUCCCUGAAACUCUGCAAGAAGUGCAGGUGCCAGUUCUGGGAAAUCGACAGUGUAACUGCCUCAAUGGAGUGGGUACAGUCACAGACAACAUGAUUUGUGCUGGUGUUCUGGCAGGAGGCAAAGACUCGUGUCAGGGUGACUCAGGAGGUCCAAUGGUGAAUCAGCAGGGCUCCAUCUGGGUCCAAUCUGGAGUUGUGAGUUUUGGUUUUGGCUGUGCUCGGCCCAAUCUGCCGGGAGUAUACUCCAGGGUUUCCCGUUACCAGUCCUGGAUCGAGUCCCUCAUCAGCUCAGAUAAGCCCGGCUUUGUCCAGUUCACCUUCAAUGGGCUUGAUGCUGACAGCAGUUACACCUGUCCUGGCCUGCCACCUCCUGUUAUUACCCCUACUACUGCGGAACCAGAAGGAACCACCCCAGAUUCAGGAUCCACAGCCUCAAGUGCUGAGUGUAAGUAA